UUCCACCGUUCUCCCAAGGAGGAAUCUUCCCACUUCCUUUUUAAUUCCGCGUGAACAAAAUCUGGAGUUGAAUCCUUCCCCACAUUUAAUUUGCUUUACUUUGGAUUUCAUUCGGCUGAGCAGACAGGGCCCCACUUCCGGUUCAGAUUUUUGAAUUUCUAUCAUUUGAGCGCAUUUGAAUGCAAUUUGGGGAUCCGUCUGCUUUAAUUUCACCAUCGUUGGUAGACUGUACUUUGUGGGGACAGGAAUGGACGCGAAAAAGGAAUUAAGUUGAGAACUGUUUGCCCGGCAGGAUAAUUGAAUCCAAUCCAGAUAUAGAUUGUUUCUAUCUUAAUCUAUAAUGCUCUUGGGUUUUUAUGGUAAUCGGAGGGUUUUAAAGCGAAUUGAGGGGCCCGUACGCUUGUUUAGUGGUGUUGGAUUAAAUUAUGGUUGUCAACCGCCUCCGCCUCCUCCUUUGUUGACCGGGGAUACUUCCUUACACAUUCCUCUUCCCUUCUCGGUGACUCCCCUGGAGUUCUGACGUUUUUAAAAGCAGUCAUUUGCAUGUAUCUUCAUAACCUGCAGCGCUGAGAGGCCGGAAGAGCGGUAGCAGGAGUGGAGUAUACCAAUUGUCGAUCUUUCCCUGAGCAAUAGCGGUACUGGUCUUCGAAGCAUUUUUUGAGUACAUCGAUUGUGAGAAAGUAUGUGUGGAGGCUCAGAGCAUUCCAAGCCACACAGUACAGCAGUUGAUUUUCAUGGUGGUCAUGAAAAAACUGUUCUGUUUGAGAAACAACUGUGCACAGUGCAAGGGGCUGACAUACAUUUCUCAAUUCUCCUUGAACUAGCUGCAAAUAAUGACCUGAUAGGAUUUAAGCAAGCUGUUGAGGAAGAUGGAUCAGCAAUUGAUGAGAUUAGCUUCUGGUAUGGGAGGCAAAAUGGUUCCAAACAGAUGUGUUUAGAGCAAAGGACACCUUUGAUGAUUGCUGCCCUUUAUGGUAGCAUAGAUGUACUGAACUACAUAUUAUCUGCCUAUGCAAUGUGUGGAAUAGAUGUCAACUUAGAAUGUGGAUCAGGCAAGGACACUGCUCUACAUUGUGCUGCUGCUGGAGGGUCUAGUUUUGCCAUUGAAUCUGUGAAGUUAUUGCUUCAGUCAGGUGCUGAUGUUAAUCAUUUGGAUGCUAAUGGAAAGAGGCCUGUGGAUGUAAUAAUGGCUUCCCCAAAGCUUUCCAAUGGAAAGGCUAUGCUGGAAUAUAUGUUAAGUUCAGGAUGCCAAGCAAGUUCUUUCAUGAAGAUACCAAAUCAAGUUUCUGACAGUGGCUUCUCUUUGUCUCAUAUUGUAUCUGAAACUUACAAAGACUCACAUGGAGGAGGGCCUAACAGUCUAGGUUCUUCUCCUCCUCUUUCUUCGUCUCCAAAAGAACUGAGCUCUAAAUAUUUUUGCACAUCUUUAAAGUUUUCCGAGGCAUCAAGGGGUUGUGUAGUCAGUAAUGAGAAGAAAGAGUACCCUGUAGAUCCCUCUUUUCCUGAUAUAAAGAAUGAUAUGUACAGCACUGAUGAGUUUCGAAUGUAUUCUUUCAAAGUAAAGCCUUGUUCAAGAGCUUAUUCUCAUGUCUGGACUGAGUGCCCUUUUGCCCAUCCUGGAGAAAAUGCCAGAAGACGAGACCCUCGAAGGUAUCACUAUAGCUGUGUUCCUUGCUUGGAGUUUCGUAAAGGGUCUUGUAGGCGCGGUGAUGGGUGUGAAUAUGCGCAUGGUGUUUUUGAGUGUUGGUUGCACCCUGCUCAAUAUCGAACACGACUAUGCAAAGAUGAAACAAAAUGCACAAGAAGAGUUUGCUUUUUUGCACAUAAGCCUGAAGAGUUGCGCCCUUUAUCUGUCUUAACAGGGUCAACUGUGCAAUCACCUCAACUUGCUGCUUCAUUGGAUAUGAGUUCAACCAUGGGUCCUAUCAUGCUAAGCUCACCAUCUUCCAUGGUAAAGAUGUCUGCCGUUUCGCCUUCAAAUCCUCCAUCAGGGGGCUUAACCACACCACCAAUGUCUCCAUCAUCAUCAUCUGCAAACUCAUCUGUUUAUUCAUCGACAAGUAAAGCCUGGCAACAGCCUAAUGUACCGACAUUGCACCUUCCUGGUGGUAGUCUUCAAGCUAGUCGUCUUAGAGCAUCACUUAGUGCCAGAGACAUGGCUGUUGAGGGAUUGAAUGGCUGUUCAGACUAUGAAGGGCAACUUAUAAGCGAGUUUCCUCUUUCUAUUCAAUCUAGGAUGAAUUCUGCUGCAGCUGUUGGGAACACUUCAUUUAGAUCUGCAAAAUAUAAGUCUGGCAAUAGUGUUUCUCCAACUAAUCUUGAAGAUUUGUUUGCUUCUGAGAUGUCAUCUCCAAGAAAAUCAGGUCUUGAAUCUUCUGCUCUUGCUCAGUUAUGCUCACAGAUGCAGUCCCAGAAAACAUUACAAUGUCAUUCUCAACUUCCAAGUCAAACUCAGACAUCAAUUGGUAAUCAGAUUUCUCAGAUGCGGCAAUGUCAGAGUCCCAGCAAUUUCCACUCUCCUGUUCAAUCUUCUUACUUGCCAUCUCUUGGUGUGGAUUUGGAACAACACAACACUACUGGGUCUGCUUUAUCAUCAGCUUUGAUGGCUUCAACAAUUUCAAGAUCUGCUGCAUUUAUGCAGAAUGAUUUUCGGAGCAAAAGCUCACGUGACUUAAGUGCAAGUGUGCCUCCUGCAUCAUUGGCAGAUUGGGGUUCUCCAACAGGUAAAGUAGAUUGGGGUGUUCAAGGUGAAGACCUGAGGAAAUUCAGGAAGUCAUUUUCCUUUGGUCCCCGUAGCUCAGUUGAAGCAGAUUUAUCCUGGGUUCAAAACAUGGUUAAAGAAAUGCCAGUUGAUGCUGGGGAGGGGCAUAUUUCAGUAAGCCCUCUGGAAGCAUUGAAAAACAGGAAGGCAGAUAAUGUCGAUCGUACAGUUUUGAGUGCUUGGAUGGAGCAGCUGCAUCUGGAUCAGCAGAUGGUAGCAUAACAUUUUUGAUAAAAGCAAAAUCUCAGUGAAAUUUCCUUUCUGCCCAUUUUGUUAAAAUUCAAUUUAUUGUAGUAGACUAUCCACAUUCUAGACCAGGAAUUGUCUGCUUUAUUGCUGCUUUUGAGACCAUAUCCUGUAAGUUAGCUGAUAAAGAAGCUACGGAAGAUAAGCCUCACAGAUAAAAGUCAGCAAGAUAUUUCAAACUCUAAUUUCCCUUUGUCUAAGGUCUACUUGUGCUAAGCAUACAGUUUUUUGCUUAACUGACCGCAGAAAUCGUAUUGGAAUUUCUGUCAUGUAAAACAUUGGAAGAAAAAGUGAAAGUUCCAAUGUUACUGCAAGUUUCAGCUGAACCCCCCCUUCACUUGAUGAAUUGUUGCAGAUAACUAAGAAGAUGAUCAGAGGUGUAUUCUAUAGUUGGUAACCUUUGCCAAUUUAUGACAUGUAUACUUAUAGCCAAUUCAGAGUAUGGAUAUCUGUUACUCUAGAUUACUGGUCUUUAUUGCAUUGACUAAGAAGAUUAUAAUUUAUUACAUUAAUCGACAUCCAAGGUUUGUCCA